CUCAUCGUCUUUACUCUCUCUCUCUCCUCUGAGUUUCUCUCUCUAUCCUUUUCUCUGCUGCGCCUUGUGUUGGUUUGUAGGAUUCCCAUUCCCACCUAUUUUCCCAAAACACAAAGCGCUCAAAAGAGAGAAAGAGAAGACAAAAGAGAAACCCAAAUUCCAAAAAACCAACAAAAAGAGCAAACACCACCCAUUGCUCGGCCGCAAACGCCCACCGGAUUUCGUUUUCCGGCGAGUUCAGCAACCCCAAUGUUGCCGGACUGACCCAGGAGCGAGAGGUGAGAGUUCAGAGCUGUCCGCUUUGCUGUGACAGUGCUGUCACUGUUUGCGUUUUUGUGGGUUGUGGCUGUGUAUAUAUGUGAGGCAAAAAUGCGCGAAGAACUGCUGUGUGAAUCGCCGAGCGACGUCGUUUCCCACCCCAAGAAGAAGAGGUCGGAGGAGGAGAAAGGGGAGAGAGAGCUGUCGACGCACUUGGUGUUGGCACCGGCGGCAGUGGCUUCAGUCGGCCGGAGCCGAUCUCAGGCGACGACGCGGCGAGUGACGCCGACGACGACCACGACCAUCGCGACUUUCCCCUUCACGACGUCGUCGAGCGUCGAGAGGUACCUGCCGAACGGAGAUCUCUACAUCGGGAGCUUCUCCGGGUCGCACCCGCACGGAUCCGGCAGGUACCUCUGGGCCGACGGGUGCAUGUACGAAGGGGAGUGGCGGCGUGGCAAGGCGUCAGGGAAAGGCAGGUUCUCGUGGCCGUCGGGCGCGACGUACGAGGGUGAGUUUAAGUCGGGUCGGAUGGAGGGGCGCGGGACGUUCACCGGAUCCGACGGGGACACGUAUCGGGGCUCCUGGUCGUCGGAUCGGAAACACGGGUUCGGGGAAAAGCGGUACGCGAACGGCGAUUUCUACGAGGGUACGUGGAAGCGAAACGUCCAGGAGGGACAAGGCCGGUACGUUUGGGAGAACGGCAAUGAGUAUGUCGGCGAGUGGCGAAACGGCGUCAUUUCGGGUCGGGGCGUUUUGAUUUGGGCCAACGGGAACAAAUACGACGGGCAGUGGGAAAACGGCGUUCCCAAAGGUAACGGAAUAUUCACCUGGCCUGACGGCAGUUGCUAUGUUGGGACAUGGAACAAGGACUUGAAGGUUCAUCAGCUUAACGGGACGUUCUAUCCGGCUAACGGCGGAAAAGAGCAGAGACUGACCGACAUUGGGGAUUUCGGGUCGGAGAAUCCGACCAUUACGAUGCGAAAACGCAGUGUUUCGUCGGUUGAUGGGGCGAGAGGGAGCUUGGCGGAGAGGACUUUCCCCAGGAUUUGCAUCUGGGAGUCGGAUGGGGAAGCUGGGGAUAUCACUUGUGAUAUCAUCGAUAAUGUGGAGGCAUCGAUGUUCUAUCGAAACGGCACCACUUUCGAUCGAGAUGGGUUCGGGAAGUUCGGGCGAAGUCCUUGUUGUUUCUCCGGCGAACCCAAGAAGGCAGGCCAAACUAUUUCAAAAGGGCAUAAGAAUUACGAUUUGAUGCUCAAUCUUCAACUGGGCAUUAGGUACUCAAUUGGGAAGCAUGCUUCGAUAGUCCGGGACCUUAAGCCCAGUGAUUUCGAUCCGAAGGAGAAGUUCUGGACCAGGUUUCCCCCCGAAGGAUCAAACAAAACGCCGCCCCAUCAGUCGUUUGAGUUCCGAUGGAAGGACUAUUGUCCUAUGGUCUUCAGACGUUUGAGGGAGCUAUUCCAAGUUGAUCCUGCCGAUUAUAUGCUGGCUAUUUGCGGAAAUGAUGCGCUUAGGGAGCUUUCUUCUCCAGGGAAGAGUGGAAGCCUUUUUUACCUGACUCAGGACGAUAGAUUUAUGAUUAAAACAGUCAAGAAAUCGGAAGUCAAGGUGCUUAUCAGGAUGCUUUCGAGCUAUUACAGACAUAUGUCUCGGUAUGAAAAUUCUCUCGUGACAAAGUUCUAUGGUGUGCAUUGUGUCAAACCUGUCGGUGGCCAGAAGACGAGGUUUAUCGUGAUGGGCAAUUUGUUCUGCUCUGAGUACAGAAUACAUAGACGAUUUGACUUGAAAGGAUCCUCCCAUGGUCGAACAACUGAUAAGCCUGAGGGGGAAAUUGAUGAAAUCACAACUCUCAAGGACUUGGAUCUUAACUUUGUGUUUCGCCUCCAAGGAAAAUGGUACCACGAGCUUAUGAAGCAAAUUGAUCUGGAUUGCGAGUUUUUGGAAGCCGAGAGAAUCAUGGAUUACAGUCUUUUGGUUGGUCUUCAUUUCUACGAUGGCACUACGUAUGACAAAAUGGGGCUUUCACCAUUUUAUUUGCGCUCUGGCCAAAAAGAUUCGUAUCAAAAUGAAAAGUUUAUGCGUGGGUGUCGAUUUAUCGAGGCUGAGCUACAAGACAUGGAUCGAGUGUUAUCUGGCCGGAAACCAUUGAUCUGUUUAGGAGCCAAUAUGCCUGCAAGGGCAGAGCGGAUGGCUCGAAGGAGUGAUUUUGAUCAGUACACUCCUGGUGGGUUCAGCCAUUUGACCCCUUCACGCAGCGGUGAAAUCUACGAUGUAGUCCUUUACUUUGGGAUCAUCGACAUUUUACAAGACUACGAUAUCAGCAAGAAGUUAGAGCAUGCAUAUAAAUCAUUGCAGGCUGACCCAUCUUCGAUCUCAGCUGUUGAUCCGAAGCUUUACUCAAAGAGGUUCAGGGAUUUCAUCGGAAGAAUUUUCAUAGAAGACAGGUAGUCUCAAAAUGGAAAAUCGCAGAGUGCAAAACCAAUACUGUUGGAUUGGAUUAAGAAGAUUCAACAUAUGAUCCUCGUCCGACGACAAGGAAAUCUCAAGCAGCUCCAGUGGUGGGUGGAUGGAGUAAAAAAGACUUGGGGUAAUUGAGAGACGGCUGGACUAGGACGGCCAACCGCGGCCGGCCGGCGGAAACGGCAGAAGGUUUGUGGUUGUUGGGUGAAUGCCGCUCCUAUGGCUGAAUAAUUUUGAAGACACAGCCAAAGGUGUUGGGGAUGUUGACGGGGGAUUUGGGUUGGCUUUUGUACAUUGGGUUCUGAUGUCUUUUUAUUUUUAAUUCUUUUUUAUUUUGUUUUCCGGUUUUAGGUGAAUUUUUUGUGGUAAUCAAGGAAUGUGAAGAUUUGAAAGAUAGGUGGUCGUCUAGGGAACGGACCAAAAUAUGGGUGGGUUUUCUUCCCACUCAGAAGAUUCACAAAAAAAAAAAACAAAGGGUGGAGAGAGGGAGACCUGGAAUAACAAAGAGUGUACAGAGGAGAGGAGGGUUUAUAGAGAAACUAUGAAAAAAUGGGGAUGGUUUAUGCAAUUAUGCAGCAGAUUUGAUGGAUUUGUAUGUGAUAUUUUGAAGACAAUGUUUGAAUAAUCAA